AUGAUAACUAAUUAUUUUUAUUUAAUUCUAAUAUUUUUUAUUUUCAUAUUUUUAUUUUUCCUUCACCGCCCACUUCCCCAUUUUAUUGCUGACAGAUGGAAAAUACAAAUUAUUGAAUUUCUAAUGCGGAUUUCUAAUGAAUAUCUUGGUGAUUUAGUUGAAUCAUUUUCUGGUCCAAUUAUGCGAAACAAAUUUACUCGUUUUUUCUCUUCCCUUCCAUUUUAUUUUUUUCCUGUACGCGUACCAAAUUGGUGUUUAAUUAAUGUUGGGUAUAUUGCUGGAAUUAAAUGUCGAUUUUAUCUUCCACAAGGAGAAUUUAAAAGAAAUAAUGCUUUAAUUGUUUUUAUUCAUGGAGGUGGUUGGUGCAUGGGAAGACCAAGUAAAAUAAUUUAA